UUGCUGUAUGGUCAUGUGUCAUGUGACGUCCGCAAUAGACCAAGCCUACGAGCCCCGCCUUUGCUCCCACCUCCACCCACGUGCUCACGCAUGGUCUAUAAUGGAUAUGAGAAAUGGAGUCAAGUCUUUAAAGAAGCUGCUUUUAUUUCUUGAGACAGCUACACCAAGCCAGUUGCUAACAUUGAAUAGACUGGGCCCCAAAAUGAGAGAUCGGAUACUUUCUUUAAGAGAGAAAGGCCCCAUCACGCUAAAGGAUUUAACGAGUAUUAAAUGGGUGACCUCCAAUUCACUUGCUUUGUGGUCAGGUGAUAAUAAUGUUAAGAAAAUCCUUAAUUCCUACUGUUAUGCCAUUGAGACCUAUGGCGAUAAAUAUCCUAAUAGUGUCACGUCAAUUGAUUUGGGUACCAAAGUAGUUACUUUUACUUCAUUACUGAGGGAGGAGGGGGUUCAUUUGAAAGAAUGGCAACAAUUUGAAGUUAUAUUUAAGCCAUAUGAACUAAUGUCUUCAUACGAUCAAAUUUCUGAGCUAUUUUCUCUACUUCCAAAAACUGAUGCCUACCUCCUAGAGAGACAGUCUCACAGGACAUUAAAGUUUCCCAAUGCUGGAUUUCUUCAAGCAUCACUGCUUUUGAGGAUUGAAGAGGCAAUCCUAUACUCGAUAGGCAAAGAGCGUAACAUGACCAUACACACCAUUUCUCCUUUAAAAGUGGGACAGUAUUUUGAGCUCGAAACCCAUCCAAAAAAGAAGAGGUCUGCUGUUGCUAUGGUCAAAAGAUUGAUAGGAGACAAGGAUAAGGAAGGGAUUGUAACUCCAUUUGGUAAUACUUUAGUUGUCACUCCAGAAUUUAGAGAGUUUUACAUUGAUGAAAGAAAACUUGAUGACUAUAGCGACAGUAUAUUACAAGGGAUUGCUUUUUUGGAAUGGAUAGAGCUAUCACACUUAUUGAAAUAA